CGAUGAGUAGUUUGACGACAGCAGCAGGUAUAUUAUCCUUAUUAGAUGAGGAUGAUAUAACGAUAAAAACACACGCAUUAACUUCCCUAAUUGGUGUCGUAGACCAAUUUUGGGCCGAGAUAUCUGAUUACGUGGGUAAAAUUGAAUCCCUCAGUGAAGACGAGAAAUUCAGCCCGGAUUCGAGAAAGUUAGCUGCGUUGAUUGCAUCAAGAGUUUACUACCAUUUGGGCGCAAUAGACGACUCCCUUAGUUUGGCAUUGGGUGCUGGAAGCGCAUUUGAUGUUAGCCAAUCAAACGAAUUCGUAGAGACACUCAUCAGCAAAUCGAUUGACACAUACGUACACCUCCGCCAAAAUAAUGAAAAAGUAGACAGUAGAUUGGAGAAUAUAGUAAAUAGAAUGUUUGAUAAGUGCAUUUCUGAUAAAGAGUACAAGCAAGCAGCUGGAAUCGCUUUGGAUAGUUUGCGCUAUGAUAUAAUCGAAAAGGUCUUCAAUUUGUCGAAGGAUGUCAACAUUUUAAGAUACGUUAUGGAAGCUACAUCUGACGUUAUAGUCUCAUUAGAGCAACGUCAAGUUAUUUUCAAACUACUUGUCAAAUUAUUCAGCUCCAACAUUCUCAGUUCACCUGAUUACUUCUCUAUAACACAAUGUCAUCUUCUCCUCAACGAUGGUAAAUUAGCUGGUGAACUCCUUGAUAACCUCAUCAAGAGCAACAAGAAGGAAAACACUUUGAUUGCUUACCAAAUCGCUUUCGAUUUGGUAGAUACUGCUUCACAAGAUUUCCUCAGUCAUGUAACUAACGUCGUCAAGGAAGGUGAAGGCGAGACUUACGACAAAUUGAAAGAAAUUCUCAGCGGAACACUCUCAAUAAGACUCAACUUGGAGUUCCUCCAUCGUAACAACAAGGCUGAUCCCCUCGUACUCAAGAACACAAAGGAGUCACUUGAUGGCAAAUUCUCCUUAUACCACAAUGCAGUAUCAUUUGCCAACGCUUUCAUGCAUGCUGGUACAACCAAUGAUACAUGGUUGAGAGAUAAUCUAGAGUGGUUAGGUAAAGCCAACAAUUGGUCAAAAUUCACAGCUACUGCCGCCCUCGGUGUUAUUCACAAAGGUAAUCUCAACCAAUCAAUUCAGCUUUUAGAACCAUACUUGCCAGGUGCUACAUCACAUGCAUCUGAAUAUUCAGAAGGUGGUUCAUUAUACGCUCUUGGAUUGAUACAUGCAAACAAUGGUGGUCACUCACUCAACUUCCUUUUGGAUCACCUCAAGCGUGUUGGUGCAACUGAGGUUGUUCAACAUGGUGCAGCACUUGGUUUAGGUAUUGCUGGAAUUGCAACCAAGAAUGAAGAACUCUACACUGAAUUGAGAAACGUUCUCUUUAGUGACUCAGCAAUUGCAGGUGAAGCUGCUGGAUAUGCUAUGGGAUUGAUCAUGUUGGGCACAGGCAAUGAGAGUGCUUAUGAAGAGAUGUUGCAAUACGCACAUGAAACGCAACACGAGAAAAUUAUCAGAGGUUUGGCUAUCGGUAUCGCUUUCCUAAUGUACGGACGUGAAUCUGAAGCUGAUAAAGUAAUUGAAAACCUUUUGAAUGACAAGGACUGGAUAUUGAGAUAUGGUGGUGUAUACACCAUUGGUUUGGCCUACGCAGGUACUGGUAACAACAAAGCCAUCCAGAACCUCCUCCAUGUCGCCGUUUCAGACGUUAAUGAUGAUGUAAGAAGAGUAGCAGUUAUUGCACUCGGUUUCAUUCUCUACCGCAACCCAAGUCAGGUUCCAAGAUUAGUUCAACUUCUGUCAGAAUCUUACAACCCACAUGUUAGAUGUGGUGCUGCAAUGGCUUUGGGUAUAGCAUGUGCAGGAACAGCAUUGGAUGACGCUAUUGAACUUCUUGAACCAUUAUCAAAAGACCCAGUUGAUUUCGUCAGACAAUACGCUUAUAUUUCCCUUGCUUUGGUAUUAAUCCAAUCGAAUGAGCAAAAUGCACCAAAAUCUAAAUCAAUUAGAGAACACUUUGCUAAGGUCGUCAGUGAUAGACAUGACGAAUCAAUGGCCAAGUUUGGUGCAGCUAUCGCUCAAGGAUUGAUUGACGCCGGUGGACGUAACUCAACAAUUUCAAUGCAAUCAAAGAAUGGAUCAACGAAUAUUUCUUCUUUAGUUGGUAUGACCUUGUUUACCCAAUUUUGGUUCUGGUUCCCAUUAGUUCACUGUAUAAGUUUGAGUUUCACACCAACAUCAUUAAUUGGAUUGGACGCUGAACUUAAAAUACCUGAGAUGGAAUUUGUUAGUAAUGUUAAACCAUCACAAUUUGCCUACGUUAAGGCAUUGAAACCACCAACAAAGGAAACUGCGGAGAGAGUUGCAACUGCUGUAUUAUCAACAACAGCUCGCGCUCAAGCACGUCAUAAUAAAGCCAAGAAAGAGAAAGAGGAAGCUGAAGGUGGCGGAGAUGUCGAGAUGGAAGAAAAGGAAGAAAAGGAGGAAAUUACAAAUGAAGAAGAAUCAAAGAAGAUUGAGGUUAAAGAACCAGAACCAGAAUUUGAAACUAAGAGUAAUUUAUCAAGGGUGACACCAAACCAAGUACCAUUCAUUGUUUUCUCAAGUGACGGACGUUAUACACCAGUUAGAAGCGUUUCACAAGUUCCAGCAACUACAAGAGUUAAUAAUGGUAGCGGAUCAUCUACACCAGUUUCAAUAAAUAGAAGAACGCGUAGACCAACGAUAUCGUCAAUAUAUAGUACAACACCAGCAUCAGCAGGUGGUGCAGGUAUUCUCAUCCUUAAUGAUCAUAAAGAAGGUGAAGAAGUCAAGUACAUUACACUUGAAGCAGGUGGUGGACAAGGUGGUGUAGGUUCGACGACCGCAGCUACAACAAAGGAUCAAGGAGGUGUUGAUGAUGGUAUUGAAAUUGAUAAUCCACCAGAGGCAUUUGAAUUUAACUUUGAUCAAAGUAGAUAAAAAGAAAUAAAAUGUUUUAAUAAAUUUAUUCUACAAAACUCUCUUAUUUUACGUUAUGUUGAUUGAUUUCUAAGAGAAAAUCUUCAACCGUGUUCCAAUAUUUUCGAUCCAAACAAGUAUCAUUGUGAGUACCAUUUGGAAAAGAUUUGAAACUGGAUAUUAUACCAUCUUUAACGGAACUUUGAUGAAUGUUAUGGAGCUUUCUCAUAUGUGAUACAGGUACGAUCUCAUCUUGUGUUCCAGAUAAGAAGAGAAUAUGUGUCUUUAUUUUCUUAAUUGAUUGUUCACUAUUCCAAAUUUCAGUACAGAGGAAGGUGAAAGGACGAAGUAGAGGUAAUAAUGUGGGUAUAAGUGAUGGUAUACUUCUAAAGGUGUUCUCAAGAAUAAGUGCGCUGAUGUCAUCAGGAUGAUUGCUUGCAAGAUCAAUACAUACAGCACCACCUAUUGAUUGACCGUAGAGUAUAAUUUCAUUAUCUCUCGUUAGUUCCUCCUUUUUUAAGUAUCUUAGUGCUACUUCUGCAUCCAUCCGUAAUCCACUUUCUGAAGGUUUACCUUCACUCUUACCAUAUCCUCUGUAACUGACCAUAAAUACGUUAUAAUUGAAUCUCUUAUAAAACACCUCCGCGAGUGGUAAUCUAUGUCCCAUAUUACCUGCAUUCGCAUGGAAAAACAAAACAGUUGGGGUUUUCACCGCUUUAUCCGCUUGAUGAAGGAGAUAACAAUUAAUUUUAUAACCAUCUGAUAAUAGUGUUACAUUCUUAUAUGGUAUAUCAUAUAAAUCGGGUGUAUCAACAAAUUCACGUGAGUUGGCUGGUAAAUUCGCAGGGUAAAUUAAAGAAGUUUGAUAGAGGUAUAACAAUAAACCAGUUGAACUAAAGGCUAUGACGGUUAAACUAGAGAGUAUUUCCAGAUAAUUCAUUCUGUGAAUAAACUAAAACUUCAGUUAUUGUGUUGUAAUCUUUAUUUUUUAUUUUGAA